UGACAUCACUUUGGGGAUCUCUUCAAGACUGAUCGGCAAACUUCUGCGCCCCGUCUUCUUACGUCCGACGCCUUUUCACCCACGUGGUCAUUUCGUAGCUGAUAACUCGAAUACGCACACAUGCACAAUGUAUCACGCAGAUUAGCUGUGAAAAGAGGAAAAGAGGGAAAAAGAGAAAGAGAGAGAGGAGCCCGAUACUAGCUCGCCAGACUGGCGGGCUACUUCGUGAAGGUGCACGCACGUAGUGAGUGAGCUUUUGAUAGUGUGUUCCUGCCCGGGUGUGAUUCUCGCGGUCGAAAUAGGAUGAAGUGGUGUGAAGUCGAUAGAUCGAGGGUGUCGCUGCUGCAGAGUCGACAUUAUCCCCCCAUCGCUACCAAGAACCGGCGCCGUCACGGCGCUCAGGAGCCGAGAGAUAGGCCGAUCACGAUGCAUCAUCAACUUCACGUCGGUUACUACGGUGCUCAAGGCGGAUCUAUCGGAAGCAAUGGCUCUGGUCAAGGAUGGUCUACGCAAGUGGAAGAACUCGCGGAGCACCUUGCCGCUGAUUUUGAUGGAUCGUUAUCCGCACUCGCGGCAUCUGAUCUCGCAACUGCUGUCGCCUCUUACACUAUGAGCGAAGCCCUCCUUACUCUGCCGUCCCUAACAGUCUUCAAGCAGGAGGCUCCAUCGCCAGAGAAUCAACAUAAUAACCCUAAUUUAAAUCACGUGUCGCAAAGAGCGAUCAAUACAGCGCCGUCCAACAAUGGAAAUGUCGGCUCCGUCGAGGCUGAUAGCAAUAACAAUGGCCAAACCGCCGCAAGUCUCCAUCAGCUGUUGUAUUCUUCCAACGAGGAAUACCCGCCGACUUCGACCGCGGCCAAUCACGUUUCCUCCUCUCAGCAAGGAAACGAGUUGAAUGAGGACUGCCGUUUUCAGUAUGUCUUAGCAGCUGCUACCAGUAUCGCCACCAAAGUCAACGAAGAAACGCUGACGUAUCUGAACCAAGGGCAAUCAUACGAAAUCAAAUUAAAAAAAUUGGGAGAUUUGUCUGCUUACCGAGGAAAAAUUCUGAAGAAACAUCCGACCUUUCUGUUUCAGUCAACGAUACGCAUUUGCUUCCACGAGCGGCGGCUACAAUACACGGAACGGGAACAGAUGUUGGCCUGGCAACGCGCUAGACCGGGGGAGAAAUUGUUAGAGGUUGAUGUUCCCCUCAGCUAUGGCAUGGUAGACGUCUGUCAACCGUUGCCAUCCAAUAACAGUGUGGAGUUUAUGUGGGAUCCCACAAAAGAAGUCGGCGUGUAUAUCAAAGUUAAUUGCAUAAGCACUGAAUUUACACCGAAGAAGCACGGUGGCGAAAAAGGCGUUCCUUUCCGCAUUCAAGUGGAGACACAGCUGCCAGGAGGACCGCGUUUACACGCCGCUUCGUGUCAGGUGAAAGUCUUUAAAUUAAAGGGAGCAGAACGCAAGCAUAAGCAAGAUAGAGAUAAAAUACUGAGACGUCCUCCUCACGAACAAGACAAAUAUCAGCCCAGCUAUGACUGCACCGUUCUAUCUGAUAUUCCUAUGGAAUCCUUAUCACCUUCAAGUUUGCCGGCACCAAAUGGUGGAAACUCGUACGCCUCAACGGAUGCAAUAUCGCCGCAGACACGUGCGACCAUCGGUGGCAGUUCAUCUCCAGUAGUAGCUCCGCUGGCACUUUCGGUUUCUAAUUCCGGUAUCGUACCGCUAGUCCCUGCUUCGGACGCCGUGAAGGAAAACGUGGAAACAGCGCCAGCCUUGCCAUCGCCCGCGGCUAUAUUACCUGAUCAACCUUGUAUUGAAGCUGAUGUUAGUUUGGCUACACACGAAGCUACUUUUUCUCGACGACGGCUAAUCGAGUCUAUGAAAACAGGUACCCCAUGCUUUACCGAGUUAUCACCCGAUGCGAAUGCCACGCAAACAACAGCGUGGCUUCGCGCGAGUCGAUUCAACGCGUUCGAAUCGACGUUCGCGAGUUUUUCCGCAUCGGAUAUUUUGCGUUUAUCUCGGGAGGAUCUCAUCCAGAUCUGCGGGGUAGCCGAUGGCAUUCGACUGUUCAACACGUUACACUCCAAAGCGCCAACUCCAAAGCUCACCCUCUACUUCUCGCUGGAGGGCAACGGCUCGCUUUGGAGAGUCGCCUACUUGGAUACCUUGACAAGCGCCGUGCUCACUAACAAACUGCUCGGUACUCUAAACUUGCCCCACGACCGACUGCACUCGAUUCUAUUCCUAGGACCACAAGGUAUACACGUGCUGGUCACCGACGAGCUGGUGGCGAACAUGAAAGACGAGAGUAUGUAUCUCGUCGAAACUAUCAAAGAUCCGAAUAGCGAGCGUUAUAAAUUGCUGAUAAAGUCAAAAAUCAUUUGAACAAUUUUUAGAGAUUUUGUUACAAAUAUAUAUUAAAAAACAUAUUAAGGUGAGAGAUAAAUUUUAUAAAGUAUAGAAAUAUUUAACAAAUAUACACAAGAUGAUUUCGUCACACGUCGGUCAAAAAACUAAUGGGUUUGGAAGUUGUUAACAUUACGUUGAUAACAAACUUAUUAGGAUUCUGACUUAAUUAAUACAAUUCUUCAACCGAUAAUAAACAUAACCGAAUACAAAAGUAAACUAUUAUAUAUUGAAUGAUGGAGGAAUUAUAUGAAAGAAAUGUUAACUUAUGUAUUCGGAAAAUUGUUAUAUAUGAAGUUUAUACAAACUUUUAUAUGAAUUUAUGAUUUGCGGUAUUAUAAUUAUGUUUUAUCGAUAAAAUGAAUUUGGAUCUCACGCCAUUUUUGUAAUAUAAUUGAAGUAUACAUCAUGUCAUUUAUAUGCAAGAUCAAUCUCUCUUUGUUUAAGCAUAUAUAAAUAUUUUUUGGUAUUAAUAA